AUGCAAAUGGUUGUGCAGCAUGUUCCUGGAAUGGAGGGUGAGCUGUUACACUCGUUUUACCAAUACGGUCAUAUCGUACAUGAAAGAUGCUUGGAGUUUGAGGUCAUGCAAGGCAAUCGGAUAGGGUUGGGCGAUAUGACCUCAAAUCAAUAUCAUGAUAUACUGAGCAAUUCACUUCGAUAAAUGGAAGAUAACUACUCCAUAAGUUGCUCGCCCCCUCCCACAGUAACUUUGUCUACUUUAGCCGUCGCUUCAGCUUCUUUCUCUCUUUGUUACGGACUGGAUGGGGUGGAGUCACGUCUCCGACGUAGGACAGCAUCUUAAAAGGGACAUGAGACCAUAGCCUACCUACACACAUCCAAAACCAACUUUUAUUUAUUUAUUUUUUUGACACUAAAUAUAUUGACAUGGGCAAAAUGACAUUGGUUAUUGUCGUAAAUCUCAGUAUCUACAAAUUUUCGGUUUAUAGCCCAGCCCUACAAUCCAACACUUAACGGCAAGAGUCAGGCCUCCUGUUUCCCUGAACUCUUCUCUAUCAAUACAUUCUGCAUACGAAUACAGAUUUUUAGUGCAGGAAGAACUAUAUUAUGAGCUCAUUUAAUCCAAAAGUAGGGCCAGAUUUUCCCAAAUUUUUGUAUUGCAAUUGUAAUUUUUUGAAUUUGGUGUUUUACAGUGUGACAACAUUUUGUCACAUCAUGUAGAUACAUAAAACUUCAACAAUUUUAAUUUAGGUUGAAAAAAAUCUAAAAAAUCUUUUUUCCAAGACUCCAUAUUCAAAGAUAUCUGUGCCAGUUUAGCAGUGACUCAGGUGUGGUAGCUUGACCUCAUAAUUUGGUGGUAUCAGGUCUGACGUCAAAAAACACUGAAUCAUCCCGGGUGAAAGUGUAUUUCCACAGACGUGCAUAAAAGAGACAAAUGUGGAAGAAAUGUCCACUGGAAAGACAGAAUGAAUAACAGCAGCUAGGUGUAAAUUAUGAGCAGCUGUGCUAUUUUUUUUUCCUUUACGCAGCACGUGGAAAGAGUAGGCACUAGGACCUGCAGUGAGCCACACAGGGAGGGAGGGAGCAGCGCUCUACUAAACUUUUUGAACAAUCCCUUUCCCAAAGAGUGUGGGAGGGAGACAGACAGAAGUGGAUGGCCCAAGACCUGGAUUCACAGCUUUAAAAGCAGGAGCAGGACUGUUGGAGUUUGGGAUAACUGUGCCCUUGGUGUGGAGAGAGAGUGAGGUGGAAUAUAACAAGAUUUUAUUUGGAAGGUGUCACUCAGUGGGAGGGGAAGAGGAGCAUUAACAGGGCGGUGAGUCUUACCUUGUUCUUUUUUCAAAACCAUGUGUGUAAACGUGUGGGGUGAGUGUGGGACAAAUUAACAAACAGCCUCUCAGAGAACAUUCCCACUCAAAGUUUCUUCAUACCUGUCAUUGAAACUGAAAGUGGGGCCACUGAAUUGAGCAGCCUGUAUUUUCUCCCUGCAACUACCUAACUUUACUACCACUCACAAAGAGUACAUGAAAAAAAAAAAACAAUAGGGUGAUGAAUGUAAAGUUUGGUCUUUCCAAGCUGUCUUUCAGUUCAAGCACUUUUUCCUAGGUGUAAAUGGAUAGAGAGAGAGAUUAAAGGCUGGGGAGAAAAAGGGGGACUAGAGGUGAGGUUUACAUAAAAGGGGUUCUCCAAACUUCAAUGUGAACCAGUUCACUGUUCAAAAAUCUCCUGGGACAUCAGGUUACCUUCUUCUCCUCCUCUCUCUACCUCCCUCCUUUCUAUCUGUCUCUCUCCCCCUCUUUUCUAUCUGUCCUUCUGUGCGCUCAUGUUACACAACCCUUAAAGGACCUGUAGAUUCUGAUGAUCUCCAAUGUCCAACGUGAAGUUUGCUGCUGAGGUUAUCCCCGUGUUUGACUGGGUGGGGCCUGCCGGCGGUGUGGGUGUGCAGCUUAUCAAUUCUGUAAAGUAUAAAAUGUAUAUACGGGUGUAAUUAUGUGUGUGCAUGUGUGCGUAUGCAACAUGUGUACUAAACACAGACCUCAUGCCUGCCACUCCUACCAGGGAAUUCCUUUCGGGGCUUUGACAGGGGAGGAAUGUCACCGCGGACCAACAUUUACACUCACAAACAAACAUCACACUUAAAAUGCCUCAACAGUGGCCCCCAGUUGGUCUGCCAAGUUAGACUUCUUUAAUGUUAAAACACACUCACACACGUGUACACAGCCUCUUUCUGCAGUGAGUGUGUGUGUACAUCUGUGCUGGAUAGGAAGACGUAUUGAAACUUCCAGGAUAGGCCGGUGAGUAGAGCUCUCUCAAGAGAAAUGUUCUCUGCUUCGUACAAAACUAGAUUGUCUAAAUUGUUUACGAGCUUCACUUUUUCUGCUAGUGUGUGUGCCGUAGGGGAGCCGAGUGUGUUUUCAUCACCUCUCUGUUGGUCCACAGAGGAAGUGGGAAGAGAAAGCUGCAGCAGUCUGGCUGUAUAUCUUACGUGACAUCUCGACAGAUACUGUACUUUGUCCACAUGGUUAACACAGAGCAAAUCCUCUGAAGGACGUUUAUACGCAAAUGUUUCUGUGGCCUUCUACAGUAAAUAUACAAGCUUUGUAAAUUUGACUUUCUUUGUCAGUGAAGAGCUCUCGCAUAAAACUGUGAUUGAGCGCUGCUUAAAGCCUGAGAAGAAUUUUCAUUACCACCUUUACAGGCAACAAGCAUCCUGCUACAAUGACGACAACAAGGCCGGCAUGCUCAACCACAGUGGUGUCAACAACAACCUAAAGAAAAUGUUCCUGCUUACAUAAUCUAACAGAACAAAAUAGAAGUCCUCUUAAUCUAGAUUAUUUUCCAUACAGAGCAUGGUGACUACAUUAACAUAUCUGAACUAAGCACCUGUUCUUAAGCUUUGCGUGUCAUCUGUAAUUUAAAAUGUCCGCUUAAAAUGCUUUUUAAUCACCUUCUGGCUGAAUUUUAAAGCACUUGAAUAAUUUAAAUGAUCAACUAUCUGGAAAAUACUCUUCAUGGUACUCUCUAAAUUCGAACGCUGACAUAACAUCAUUGCUAAAAACAGUAGAGACCUUAUGAACUGGUGUGUAUAUGUAUGUGUAUGGAGGGCAGAUGGACAGUGCUGUUUUCCCCCCACUGACAAAGAUGUCUGUGAUUAUUCAUGACCCUCUCAGGUUUCCCUUUGAAGCUGAAUUACAGCUUUCCCUAUGUUAGCACCUGUGUGUGCAUGAAUGUAUGUAUGUGUGCAAGAGAGUGAACGAGAGAGAGAGAGACAUAAAAAGAGAGAGGAGGAAGAUAAGGACUAUAUUUUUUUAAAAAAGGUAAAGAAAUUAUAGCCACUUUAAAAACCUACCAAACACACAUCUCAGAAACAGUGUGGUCUUGAUUGUGAGGUUAAGUAACUGAAAAUGCACCAUUAAAAAAGAAAAAGGGAAGCAUACAUUUGUAGAUAAGUGGGCUGCUUCAACUCAUACAUCAGUGUUUCUUCUUGCCGAUGAGUCUCAUAGAUUUCCCUAAAUUCCCUAAAAGAUGCAGAGUUCAUGACAUUCAUUGAGGUGCGAACAUUUCCUUUCAUGUUUAGAUGCACUGAGACUGUAAUUCAGUGUCUUACAAACCACUUUGUUCAUGCAGUUUCAAACACCCAAUGAAGAGGCUUGCUUGUUAGAAAAACUGCAGUCAACACAACUUAACCACUAUUGUGUUCACUGUUUCUCUGGAGGUCGGUAGACUUGACAUUAUGUCAUCUCCUCAGUAGGUAUGCAUGUCCCUGACAUGUUUUUAGCUCCUUAUGACAGGAAGAAGAUCCUCUCUCUUAAAACACAUAAAUGGACGUAGAAGUAUGAACUGUCUAGACUACAUAGUGUUGCAUAGAACACCUGUGGAGCACACCUGGCCUGACAGAUUUAAACCUGAGGGCCUGAAACUGACCACACCAACCCUGAAGGAUGGUUUAAAAAGAUAAAAACAGGAUUUAUACCUCAAAAGUUAGCUGAACGGCCCUGCAGAGUUUGUUCUUGUCUGUGAUCACUACUCUAAAACAUGUGUCACACUCACCGCUUUUGCCGCACAUCUAUAUUUAAACCUUCAGGCACUGUGUAGAUCCUGUGUGUGUAAACUAAGCCGCAAUCUCCAGUGUUGAAGAAUGAACGUGCACAAAACUGCAGUCUAUUUGAGACUGGCUUUGCCAAAAUACCAUUUUUAUUGCAAAGUUAAAAGAUAUUUACAGUCGGGUCAAAAAAUAAAAUCAGGAUAUGUGGCUCAUUUAUUUAUCUGUGAACACAAUGUAUAGUUGCUGAUAUGCUCUGUGUGUUUUAUUAUGUUUGUUUUGGCUUUAUGUAUUGACAGCAACCUGCUACUGGGACUAGGGAUGGAAAUUAGCAGUUUGGCUGUAAUCCCAUGCAUUUACAAGUAAAUGUUCAUGAAUGCAAAUUGUCCCAUUUAAAAGAAAACAAAAAAUCCUAAAUAAAGACUGGCGCAUAAAACUGCUCAGUAAGGGGUUAACCAAGUUGAAGGAUAGGUGGGUGCAUUGGGAUUGUUUGAAAAGAGCUUUAGAUCUCACCUCAGCCUCACCUCUUUGUCGAGUAAGUGAAAAUUGAAGAUUUCCAGAAUGACAGAUACCCUAAAGGUGGGCAGCUAUACAUUAAAUAAAAAUGUACAUCGAGAAAGAAUCAUUUUCCGCUUAUGUGAGCCUACUUUUGUUGAUGUUAAAUACUUAAAAACAGCAUUAUUCACCAAUCAUUUGCAGCCUUUGAGGAUACAGUGAUUUGUAAUGACUAGCAGUGUGAGUCAAUAUGAUAAAUUGCAUGACUGAUGACAGUCCUGGAGAAAGUGAUACAGUCUGAAUGGUAGAUGACAAACCGCAAGUUGUAGUUAAACAUGAGUAUAACUAGUGUGACUUGAAAAUCUGGAAAAAUGCCAACUGGCAGCAAAAAGUAACCGGGGGGUUUGUUCAUACGGAAACAGGAUGUCUGAUUGCUUGAUCUGGAUUUUAAAUAGGAGGCGUUCAAGCAUUCAGAACAAUGACUUCCUGAUUGAUAUAACCGAGUGAAAAAGCAAGCCUGGGCCUUGUGGGUAUCCAGAGCAGCAGUCUGGCACAGGUCAAAGCACAGAAUGAGGUAUGAACAUCUGGUGUAAAGUAAACCAGCAGAAGUGUUCAGUCUGGAGGUAAGAGGUCAGAGUUGAUGCCUGAGGUGACGUCUGUGUUUGUGGAGGAAAACUGGAGGUCAGCGCAGGUCAAGACCCUGAAUCGUUUGACACAGGGAGGAGAGGAGAAAAUGGAAACUCAACGUCACCUCGCGACUUUCGUUCUGCAGUAAUUCUUGUUGACGUUUCCUCUGCAAACAACAUCUCACAAUGUUUAGGAGAAAAUGUAUUCAAUAGAAAAUCAAGUUAACUUUGUUUGACAGUUGAAACUUUUUUGAUCUUGACAGAGCCGUUGUCAGAGUUGGGCGGGAUUGUUUUAUCUCUGCACCUUUAUCCCAUAUGGACCUGGUUUUUGGCCCCUCUUUAGGGCACUAAAUCUAGAAUAAUACACUCCUGUGUUUGGACUUUUCUAUACAUUGAAAAGUGAACCCAGCUUUGUCAAUGCAAAGUUGGCUUUUGUGUUUGGCUGUUGAAGAUCUGAUUUCGACAGGUGCUCGAUCAAAGGGUGUAAUGUUUGCCUGUGUCUGCCUGUUUCUUUUUCUAUGUCUGUGCACGAGUGCGAGCUCUAUAUGCUCUGAGAAUGACAUCUGAAUGUGCAGACAUGCCUGCUCAUUCCACAUUAAAUGCCUCUAUGACUUUCAGCUAUGGCUCCCUCUCAUGCAUGUGCACGCCACUCAAAACACACAGUAGCUGAUAAAUCGCCGAAUUGCCAAGGCUUUUCUUGCUGCAAGAAUAACAAUGUCGUGGUCUUAAUCUGUUGACUAAGUGCACGUCUAAUGUUUUGAAUUGUUUCACCGCAACCCCUUUUUAUCUCCCAAUGUGUGUGUACAUUUGGAUUAAUGCGCUGACACAUCUCACUCUUGCUUUUCUUUCACUUUAUUCUGAUUGGGAGACUUGCCUGGACAUGAAACUCUCCCUCGUAACCAUCAACAGACCAGGAGAACUUAAUCUUUCCAAAGUCUCAAAAGGAUUGAAAAUUUGAUCAAAACUUGAAACAGAAACCACAUCCUGGAAAAAAAAAAAAAAAGGUCUGAUGGGUUCUCACAAAGUUUGACAAGUUUCUUCAAUCAAAAGUUACAUGAGUAAGAUGAAUACAAGCCACGCCAGAGUCGGAUGGAUGUGGUUUGAACAUGUGUAUCUGAGUAAUGCGCAUGUGUGUAUGUAUAUGUGUUUAUGUCUGUUUGUGUUGGAUACUCAUCAAACGCUCAAACACGCCUUAGCCCCAAGGAUACAAGCGAGGCCACUUAUUAUGCACUUAUUCGGAUUAUGCUGAAUUGGGAAUGCGCAGUAUGCAGGAGGAUGAGCCACUGGCUGCUUGUUACAGUUUGGUCGCCCACACAACAAGCACAAAUGCCUGAGUUGUAAUUCUUUUUUAACUACUCUCCACCUCUGCCUUUAAAGAAACUACUCAUCUUUCACCAAGGUUUGUUUUAGUUCAUACUACAGGAUGUCUGACGGUUUCUCAUGAGAACUUCUAAUGCCUUGGGAGGCAAUUUCUCUUUCUGGAUUCUUGGUUAAGCCGGCGCAUUAAACUCCACAGUAAAUAUUAAUUCAGCUAAAUCCUCGCUGCAGGUCAUAUAAACGCACACACAAACACACAAACAUGCAGACGUGCCAGAAAGUAGCCGCUCUUAUCUCUUUCACCACAGCUCUGCUCACACGCUGAACAUGGCGUGCUGCUAACAGACAGAGGAUGGGCCUGGGAGGUCCCACGCAGACAGGUGGUUGACAUCAGCCAGAGGGGGUGAAGCGAGGGAGGGGAGGGAUAUAUGGACUGAGGGAGUGACGGAGGGAAGAGAGAAAGAGAGAGGGAGAGAGUGGGGGGAUGACAGAGAGAUGUGGAGACCACACAGAGCAGAAAAUGGCCGGGUCAAGUCUUUACAGAGAGGGGUGAGGCUGUAAUCGAAAAAUGGUGGGAGUGACGACAGCAUCAGAUUUUUAAAGUCUUUGGAGGAUUUAGAACAGAUCUGAAACGGCCUUUCAUGACAGCAACAGACUUUUUUUUUUUUGACUAAACAUAUGACAGUUCAGAAGAGCCAAAAGAUGUUAAAAAUAACGCUUAACUAAAUUUUAUUGCAACAAACAAAGCAUAAAAAUAGUAAAUAUAGAAACAAGGAUUAUAGAUGGUGGUGGCUGGUGCGCAGUACCAGGUGGUUGACCUUUCACCCCAAAACAGCAGAAGACAUCUGAAUGAAAUUUAACAGUGUGAUCAAUCUUACAGCUAAAGCCUUCAACUGCACUGUGACAGCCUCUUAGAUUUACAGAUCUACAUUUAAUAUAUUUUAUUGUGUACAAAAAUGCCAUGAGGGCCUCGCCGAAACACUUUUAUAACAGUGUACAUGUAAGAACAAUGAGCGAAAAACCGUGCAUGCAUAUUCUAAUGUCUGACACAUCAUAUACCCAAUUGGCGGCUAUGGGCCCACACCCAUGCUUAUGGCAUCAUGUGAGACCGCAUCACCAAUGGGGCGUCAUGGAAAUUUUGGGUUUCUGAGUGAGCCGGUCUGUCUCUGUACGCCCACGUGUCGCUGUGUUCCGCAGCAAAUUUACCUGGGUGACUCACUCGCGAUCGCUCCUUGGCUGUUUUGUUUACUUCAGCGUGUAGUCAAAGUGUCACAUGCAAAUCUAUACGCUCAAUUUCUGUCGAGGUAUACAUGCUGUAAAGCUUGCAGUCAGAUCACAAGAUUUCAGACUGGCAGAUGAGUCAAAAGGAAGCUUGAAUGACUCAUUCAAACAUUCGUCAGUGAUUUUUAUCUCCCAAUGAUUUUCAGCCAACAUAGUUUUACAAGCCGGAGGGAUGUGUUGACGUGGAAACAAUAUUUUUCUUUGACAGCAUAGAUACUCUUGAGGGCCUAGAGUGGAGUCUCUCACAGUAAAUAAGUGGCCUAAACUGCAACCUUACAGCAGUUGGUUUUCCAUCAUCUGAAGCAGAGUAAUGUUUUGUUUUUUUUCUGGUCGAGCCAUUGAAACACAAGACCUAGCGAUAAAAAACAUUUGUGUGUCACUUUAAUCUCAAAUUCCCUACAAGUCCCUGUAACUCACAUCCUCCCUCCAUCAUUGUUCUUCUUUGUCUACAUGUCUUCUGCUUUUUAUUUCCCAGAUUCCCUCGACAUCCCAUUACCCACCCACACCCCACCCUCCAUUACUUGUUGCCCCUCUAUGUCCCUCGAUGUCUGCUUGCUUCCUCUCCAUCCCUCUGUCUGCAUCUCCCUCCCAGGCCAGACAGACAGACAUUCCUGCCUCUGGUCCUCCUCCUCCUCUCGGUGCUCCGCUCUGGGAUCAGAGAUUCUCACAAAGUUGGGGGGGAGUUAUUACUGCAGCCAUGCCAAAAGAUUAACCACUUGACAUGAGAAGAUUGUUGAAUGUCAAGGUCAUAAAAACUUGGGGUCUGGAAAACAUGUUCAUCAUUGUGUUCAUCCUGGCUUCAAGGCCUGGAGGACCAGCCUCCCACAUGUGCUGGUCUGCUGCAGGCAGAGGUUGGGUUGACUGGGGAUGGGCCAUGUUGCAGAGAGGCAAAGGGACAAGAACUUUCAAUAGCACAGGCAUGGGAGUCUGGUUGUGGUUUUGCCUCAGAGUCAAAAAAAAAACUCAUGCUAUGAGCUCCGCAGGUGGGAGUUUGUUAAAAGAGACAUUAAACAAUAUCAUAGCAAUGACUUUCACUCACCUUGAGAGCCAUUUGAAGGAGUUAUAAGACAGACUCCCAGGAGUCGUUUCACAAAAGUGUUGAGUUGAAACAUGAAGUUCAAAUCUGUUAAGCUUUGACCUGAGCUGCCCAGACAUUUGCAGGCCCAAACUGGAACAGAAGCCUUUUUUUUUCCUAAUUCCCAGGCUACGGUUCUCAGCCGAUACAAGGUUUGUUUCAAAAAUAUCCGCUGUGUCCUUCCAACAAAGCCAACAAUCUUUCAACAUCAGGAUUGUAGCCAGUGUAAGAAUUGAAGAAUUGUGAGUACUUCAUCAGAAGGGAUGGACUUGUGUUUAACUAAGAAUGUGCAUGCUCAAUCAACUAAACAAUUUAACAAUAUAACCCGUCGUCAGGUGGUACAAGAAUCACAUGUUAGUUAAAUGUAUUAUCAAUAGUUUUAUUACUGUAGGCCUGCAAACAGUGUGUCAUAGCUGUUGCACAGCCACCUGCUUCUCACUGAGACUGUGGCUCUCGCAAAUGACUGCUGCUGUGUCGCUAAAAUGUUCUCCUACAUAGAUGUAAACAUGCACAGAUAACAGAUUCUGUGUCGUAACACUGCAUGGUUUGAAAGUAUUUUGAUCCAAAAAAUGGAGAUAAAGUUCCAAGUAGUUUGUAUCUGGUUACACUAGCUCAUAACACAUCAACAAGAGCAAUGCAUAUCCAGCAGGCAUGUAGACAUUAGCCUGAAAGAAGGACUAGAGGCUGCAGAUCAACUUUCUGUCUAGUGUCUCUCUUAUACUCCUCACUUGGCUAGCAUGCCCUUUGUUCCCUGAGUUAUUUUGCUGCUUUGCUUUUGUUGACAGGUCAUUUCUAUCAAUCACAAAUGUACUAUAACUUGGCUCUCAGUGCUGCACUGGACUCCUCCGUCCCUGACCUCAUACAUCUUUUCCUGUGCAACCUGACGUACAUGUGUCAAAGUAACCCGAUUCACUCGGGCAAUCCCUCUUUGAAUGAACCACUGGCUGUGCAACUAAGUAGGCCCACUCCAUUAGGACAGCCUAUAGGGUGGCAGUGACACCUGUACAGUACAUCACCAAAAACCUUUUUGUUGUAGCAUAUUUUAAUAAUCACAGAAUUGCAAAUGUCAGAGACCGUUCAGUCUAGUGAUAGUCCAUGUUGUACAAAGAGUUGCUUUGAUUCUGUUGCUCCUCACUCUCUCCUCCUCCACAUAAUCACAGCUGAAAGUUUGCUCUCAAAUCAAAAAGUUGUUUAUUUUGGACCAGGACACCACCAGAAUUCAAUCUUCCCAUUAAGAUGAAUCACUGUAAGAUUCACUGAAGGACAUUAUGACAACAAGGGAAAGUCUGAGGUUACUCUGUAGUCACAUCUCUGCUUUGUAUCAGGGUUGCCCCCUUGCCCACAAGAGACAACUCUGGAACAAAUUCUGUGCGAAGUGUCCACUGAUAGUUUUCACAGUAUUUUCAUGGUUGGGGAUACGUGCAAUGUCAGCUGAAACAGAUACUGGAUAUUCUUUGGGCCAGAAAGGCACAGUUAGCUUCCAAACUACGGCCUGUGGUUUCUGUUUUAUAAUCUUGAAGAGGAAUGUGCGACUUGUCAAUGUCAGAGCCGUUAUGAGUCUUCGCACUUGAAAGCGAGAGGAUUACACUGUUACAUUACACCUACAGCCUGGUAUGUGGGAUUGAAUGAACUAGUAGGUACUCCCAUAUUGCAAAAUUUCACCGACACAUUUUCUUCUCUUGACUCGACAGCACUCAAACAACCAAUUUUCUUGUAGAAGUGAAAGUGGAGCCAUAUGCAGACACGAGUCAAAUUGUUUUAAUUAUCCCAGUUCCAAGAAAAAAUUCCUUCCACUAUGAGUGAGUAAGAGAAAUCCUAUUGUCUGUGGUUUUGGCAUUUCAUUAUUGAAAUCCCAUUACAGCUUCUGAGGCAGUAGCCAAUUAUCUGUAUCCCACAUAACAAAAUAAUAAACAAAACAAAAAUACAGACUGGAUUGGAGAUGGCCAAGUUGGAAAAGAGACAGUAGGAUUAGUCCCCCAGCGAGAGAGUUUAUGGAUAUGACCAGGAAUAUGAGUGCGUAAUUUUCCUCCAACAGAAGGAAAUGAUAAAGAGCCACAGGAGCAGCUCUCUGCACCUGCACAUAUUUGUGUACAAUGUUAAAAUCUGUUAUCUCCGUUUGAUGCAGAAGUGUCCAGGAAGUUACCCACAUCUUUUAACCAUGAGACUGAAACAAGGUCAGAGGCAGGGAGCAGAAAGGGAGAAUGGAUAAAAAUCAGACUGACAGAUAAAAAGAAAGAAAAAAAAAAGGAGUUGAAGCUCUAGGGUGUUUCCUGUUUUAGUACCAUCACCUUUGCUCCCUGCUUCCCUGAUUUUCUCUAGCUAUCCUGAGCAGAUGAACAGACACUGUGGUGUAAAAUAUAAGUGAAGUAUUUUACAUUUAGGCUGCCCUUGACCACAGAUUUUUUCCCAGGUUGACUAAAUGUCAUAAAUCUGAACGAAUAGCCAACUUGUCUCACCAGUCAAUGCACAAUGAAACCAAUCUGUGACACAUAACAAAUAUAUGUUGUCACUCAUGCUAGUUCAGGAUAAACAGUCUGCAAAACAAGGCCAGAAAUGUCCGUCAUUUGUCAUGUCACAACUGUUGCACAGCCAUCUGCCAGUAACUGAGUCUGUAACUCUCUGUUGCUACAAUACUCUAGAAGAUGGAUGUAAACAAGCACAAGAUAACAGAUGGCAUCUUGUUACACUGCAUGGUUUGAAAGUAUUUUGAUCCAAAAAUGGUGAUAAACUUCCAUGUAGGUUAUGUCUGGUUAAACUGGUUCAUAACCGAUCAACCAGAGCAAUGCAUAUCCAGCGGGCAUGUAGAUGUUUACCUGCAUGGAGGACCGGAGGCUGAGGGUGAUAGCACGGCUAACACCAACCACACAAAGGGAAUCAGUUUGUUAUGAUCCCGUGUUUAGCUGUGUGCCUUAUGUUGUCUGUUUCUAAUAAUUGCCUUUCCUUUCGACCGAUCAGGUAAUUAAUCAGGAAAGAUGUAUCUGUUUAAAUGUAUGAGAAGUCCAGAGGAAUCCAAAACCUGAUAUUUGGCAUUUAGAAUAUAGUUUUUUAAGUACUUGGAUUUGUAACAAAGCUAGGAAUGAAGUUGCAAUGAUUCAAAAGUUACUUGGUCAGGUUUAUCUCAAGGCUGUGGAGCCAUUGGCGCUCAUGCCUUUACUAUUUUUUUAAUCUUCUUGUGUUUAUUUUGCUGUAUAUGUGUAUUAUUUAUUUAUUUAGUUAUUUAAUUUUUUCUUUUCUUUUUUUUGUGAUAUGGACCAUCCUGUGUGUGGGUCUGAAAUAAGGUAGAAUAAUUUACUCAGGACGACAUGCAAAUACACUGGACAUACAGUAUCUUAAACCACUGAGAAACAGCCAUUGCCCUGCUUUGGACCUCCAACACAGUUGGUUCAUUUCGAUGAUUUAGUUCGCCUUAGCUUGGAUCAAAGCUUACCUUAUACCCAGUCAAGAGUAUAUAAUACCAUAAAUGGUGAAACUGCGUAAAACAGGGCACACAAUCAGUGCAUGGAACACAAUUCAAAGUACUUCUGUCAAUCGCCGGACCUAAACCAGAGCUUAUAUUUACCUUUUAUGUCACUUAUAUAUUUAUUUAAGAACCCAUGGAAAAGAAGCACGCAACUGUGUGUGUUUUUUGUAUCCUCAAAAGCGCACUAAUAGGGUGGACUCACUUUCGGUAAAACUUUAAGAUCACAUCUAAUGGAUGUUACCAAGCAGCAGCUUCUAAAAGAGUUCUGAGGCCUUUUUUCCGACCACUAAACAAAUGAAUACUCAGUCAGCCAAGGUUCUUGUAUCAGCUAAUAAUGGGUCAGCUUUCAGGGGGCCUCUCACUGUAUAAACUGAAUCUUCGAGGCGCCAAACGUGUCAAUAACUUCUAGAAAUCCACGCUCUCACUUCUUGGCGUGUUCUUUAGGAGUUUUAUUAGAAGUAAAUUUGUUGAAAAUGCUUGCCCAUAAAACCUGAGACCACAGAUAUAUUCUGAGGUCUUGUUGGCAGAGUGUUUCUCAGCUCGGUGGAUGAUUAAAGUUCUUGCCAGUAUCAGCUAACUAUUUAACAAAAGGUUUGGUCUUUGAGCGCUACUUGUAAUCAAAGAAAUACAAAAGAAAGAAAUACAUUAACAUGCAUGUUGUACACAUUGGGUUGCUCCCUGUGAACCUGUCCAGAUAAUUCAAGCUGUCUUCAUACUGUAGCAGUCAGUCAGUUAGAGCUAUUUUGUCCUCUCCAUGUCCUUUUGUUCUGCAUCUCUUGCUUCAUUUGUCAGCGCCUGGAGGACUCAAGUGCUUUAACAGGUUGUGUGUGUCUGCAAGUUUGAUGCUGCCUGUCUUGCUCUUCCUGUGUCCUGAGGCCGGAGCGGCACAGUUUACUUUUUGAAGUAUCCAUGAUGUACAACAGGUGCUUUUGUCCCCACAGCAAAUGUCUUUAAAACAUGAAAUAGAGGAGAGAAGGGGAGGGGAAGGGGCAGAAGCGGAUCCCUCUCAUCUCUGCUUCUCACAUUACAAGGUUCUAAUAUUCAGGGUAGGGCUGGGCGAUAUGGCCUCAAAUCAAUAUCAUGAUAUAUUAAGCAGUUUACCUCGAUAACAACAAAUGGACGAUAACCACUCCACAAGCUGCUCACCCCCUCCCACAUUAACUUCGUCUACUUCAGCCGCCACAACGUUCAACCGUCCUGUUACAGACUGGAUGAGGUGGAGUCAUGUCUCUGACGUAGGAGAGCGUCUUAAAAGGACAUGAGACCAUAGCCUACCUACACACAUCCAAAACCAACUUUUAUUCAUUUAUUUUUUUGACACCGAAUAUACUGACAUGGACAAAAUGACUUUGAUUAUUGUCGUAAAUUUUGGUAUAGGUAAAUUGUCUGUCUAUCCUCCAGCCCUAAUUCAGGGUUAGUUUUUCCGUCAGACCUAGAUCUGAGCUCUCAGAAUGAUUUCCCAAACAGAUCUAACUAGUGCUUGAAAAACAAUAGCACAGGAAAGCACUUAUCCUAUUAUCAUGUUUAACCACAGAGGUAUCAGCCGUUUUCAUGCAUGUUUUUUUAACUGAUUUUCUCACCCAUAAAAAUCCUACAUAGUUUCCAUAGUUUAUUAAGUUAAUUUGCUCUAUGUACAUCCAUCCACUCUAGCUCAUAUACAAGGCCGCCAAAGUGUUUCCAAGAUGAGCCAGAUCACUGACAGCCUCUCCGGAGCAUAUGGAGAGCGCAGCUUCAUUGUGCUUUUAGCAGUUACUGCAUGACAUCAUUUUGCGUGACAAAUACUUGAUUCAUGGCAGGAUCUUGGCUGUUGGAAUCGUCUGACAUGGCAGCUCGUCUAAACUGUGACGAGCAGAUUCUCUAGCUGCAGAUGACAAGCUUUGAUUAUGAUCGUACGGAGCAGUGUGGAGGCCUCUUAUUGGGAGUUCAAAAGCAUCCAGUGCACAGUUGCGUGAUUGUGCGAGGCUUUAUUUUAAUUCAAUCAUUUCAUAUGAGACCAUUUUCAGUAUUAAGGAUUAUUUUUUUCCUAAAAGAGGAACUAAAAGUCGGACAAUUCAACAGGCACUGAGCACUAUUUAUCUUAGAGAAAUAAGUAUGGGCUUAAUGACUUCAACAUUUGGGCGCAUGCAAAAGUGAAAAGCAAGCAUGUUGACCUGGCAGUCCUCCCUCUUGAUAAUUAUUUCCAGUAGAUGACAGCAGGAGGAACUGCACUGAACUGACAUGAUGAGAGACACAGAAAAACUGUUUACCUUCCUCUGUUUUUCUUCGCAUCGCCCUCUCUCCCUUUCUCUCCAUCUGUGCGAGCUGUCAGUCUCUCUCUCUCUCUCACCCGCUCAUAAUCUGAAGCUGCUGUCAUCGCCACAAGAAAGAGGUGUGUGUUUGUUGGAGAGAGCUGUUGACACCCCACUCAUGCGUGUCUUUAACAAUGACAUGUAGCUAAUGACUAAUGUAUCGCACAGAUAGGAAGACACCCCUCUCUGAAUGUAAGCUAACCUUGGACCAAUGGCAGGAAACGCUUCCUCCAACUGCACACGUUUUCUCCCACCUGCCUUGUUUUCAUUGAAUCACACUCAACACACAGCAUUGGAACCACAUGCAGAGAUUUGGCCGCUCUUAGGCACCAGAAUCUGAUCAACUGAGCAUCUUGUAUGCUGGCAGACUAAAUGAGAAUGUGUUACAAGCUAACACUUCCAGUAAAUGAGUUACUGUUCCUCCACUGCCUUGGGCUGAGCAAUUAGUCUCUGUCUGAAGUGUUUAACUCUCAUGCUGCCUUAUGAUUCGUUUCCCAGGUCACAGACUCAGCAGCUGCGGUGACUUAUGUCUUCUUUCCAUAUCCUUUCAUCAUCAUCUUUGACAGUCUAAUUCAACCAGGUAGAGCCAUGUUAGCACAGCGAAUGCCUGUGCCAAGUCUAAGCGAUGGAUGACUCAAGAGAAAUAGUCUUGAUUUACAGUUUGGCAAAGCUGCUGCAGAAUCUGCCUUUAGUAAGAGGCAACCUCCUCGGAGCAUCCACAUGAAGCUAAUUUACAAAGUCUGUUGCCGUAAACAUCCUCUUUGGUGCAAAAUGUACAAAGAAUGAAUCAUAAAAACAUAUCAAAUAGCUGCAUUGUUUAUACCGGCGUGUAUUAAUGCAGUAUGUUGAGUGUCUGCAAAUUUAAACCAUACUGUCAUUUCGGUGGUGUUUACUGUCGCUGUUUUGGAAUACCUUUGUCAUUAUUGUGCUGGCACAUGUGAGCAGGACUUGCUCUUGAAUUCUUAAGGGCAGGCAUCUCCCAUGUGUGUUUGUGUACUUCGAUUUUUCUGCCUGGAUACUUGAGAGGAAAGCAGCUUGCUGUCACAUGCAAGUCAGAGCAUAGUGAGCCUCACACCAAAUUGUCUUCAUCCGUGCCGUGUGAAUUUCAACUGUUUGAUUAAGGACAUACCAACUUCACUUAACAGCUUUAGCUUCAAGGUGCUGUAAGCAACGCUGGAUUGUGGCUGUUAUAUAGAGCUUUCAAGUAGGGCUGGGCCAUAAAACGAUCAUGACAUAUCAAAAAUUAAGUUCCCUCGAUACCGAUAUGUAACAUGGUCAAUGUGCUUUUUGAUAGCCGGCAUUCUGCUAUGUUUUGGUAGUCUAUAUGAAUAGCUAAUGAAAAGAGGAGUUGCUCCAGGUCGCGCCGCACGGAACCAAUCAUGUGCUGAAUUAGAACUAAGUAGCAAACAACUGCGCAGUAGCAGGCUGCAGCGACACGCAACCAUAGCCGACAUCACAGUCGGUGAGAAAAAAAGAAAAUGAGUGCUACCCCCGGCAGAACUGCAGAUGAAGCCUCAACAGAGGACGACAUCGUCGACAACACAGGCACAAAAACGUCAGUGGUGUGGAGAUAUUUUGUUUUUUUUGAGGUCGGACAUGAAGCAGGGUAAUGUGCACUGCAAAUGAUGUCGCGUACAGGUUAACUUUCAUUUAAGAAAACAGAAAACAUUUAAGAUUGACAAGUGAUCUGUUUAUGUCAUGAUAUUGCUAUCGACUGAUAUGAAAAAAAUAUAUUGUGAUAGACUUUUUCUAAUUUUGCACCGCCCUACUUUCAGGGAAAAUAGUUAACACGCUUUUGGAGCCCUGGACAAGCUUAUAUCCACAUAACUGUCACACAAACAAGCAUAGUGAGAGCAGCCAAAGUCUAUUCACUGAGUAACAGGAAAACCACUGCAGCAGCAUCUCAGAAGCUUCCAUGGAGAUGCAUGUGUGAGUAUUUGUGAGGGGGGUUGGAAGUAUCACUAGACAGAUUCUGAUCCAGUGCUGAAGUAAUCCGGUAAAUCAGAGGUGGUCUGUAAACUGCCCUGACCCCUGCGCUCCUGCGCUGCUGUGUUUACGCUGGAUCCACCGGCAUUAAACACAAGUCACAUAUUUCUAAGGUUAGGAUCCUCCCAGCUCACCCAGGAACAUGAAAUUGUGCGCUACCCAUCAGCCGGGAUCAAUCAACUCGCUGCCUGUUUGGACCAGCUCCAUAUGUGCGUCUGAAUGAUAUCACAGGGAGAUUAGUUUCUCAAAAGUCUCAAACAAUAGUCCACCUCCAAGAAAACCUGAUUGUUUUAAAGAUAAACUGCCAAACUGACUCUGCAGCAGAUGAUGAAUUAAGCACAUCUUUCAUUGGAGUAAAAACAACCAUGGGACAAUUUGAUUUGAUCAUGUCAGAGUUCUCUGUUGAAAGAUUUUCUGAAGUAAAAACUACUGGAGAUUUAUUUGCAACAAAAGUUCUCAAUUUAUACAGCAUCCACUUUGUGGGUUCUGAAAAAUCCUGAAUACUAAGUUAAAAAUCCCAGAAAUCACUCCUUUUUGUUUUGGGCCCCAUUGUUUAGGAACUAAACAUGGAACUUAAAGUCUUUCAAUGCGUGUUUAAGUAUGAAAUUAAUUAUCAUGACUUAAGUAACAUGCAAAUUGUCGAUUUUUGUCACAGGAGUUUUUUGAAAAGCCAAGUCUUGAUAAAGAAAUCUUGAACAGCAACUGUUAUACGGUCAUUCUGGAGGUUGUCAGAAAGUGUUAAAUAGAAGUAAAUCAAGCUUCGUCAAAUAUUUACUAAAACAGCUCUAGUUUACAAGUACUACUACAGUGAUCCACUUUAACUGCCCUAGAGAUAAACAAUUAUUGAAAACAUAGUCCAAAAAGCAGAGAGCUUGUAGAAAACUGCUUUUAAAAAAUUUUCUCAUGCAUCUGUGCUCUUCUUGUUAGGACAAGGUCAGUCAGAUUUGGAUAUUUCACAGCUGCUUGGUAUCAUCUUCAGAGUCUGGUUGCAGGCAAUGCAGGCAACACUGACCCCCUCUGGCUAUUCCAUGUAGCACAUUGAGUAUUUCAACAGGUCAUUCAGAGGAGACCAAAUAAAACCUUUACUAAAUCUUUUGGCCAUGAAUCUCCUCCUGACGUUUAUCUUAUUUUCAACUUCUAAUAUUUUAAACAUAAAGUAAACUUUUCCAACUCUAUUAAACUUUUCAACACCACACCAGUCAACUAAGCAGAGUUGUACAAACAGAGAAGAUAAGUCUAAAAUACUGACCCACCAGUUUCCACACAACCUCAGUAACCUUCCGAGUGUUUGUGUUGGAGGAGGUGUGCGCACAUAUCUAGGCAUCCGUAAAAACACCCUAGCAUGCAUUCUUCCAUGUUCAUGUGUGUCCGAGACAGACACUUUUUUUGUAUGUUUGAAAAGACUCAUGUGGUCACAUCCCUCACUAAUGAUUGCAUGUUGAAGCAUUGUAUAUCCAAUAUAUAACGUCCAAUGAGGUGUGAAAUGCCGCACAUUCCAGUGUUUGGCAAGUCUUAGCUCUGAGAGUUAAACAUGGUGAGUGAGUGUGUGUGAUCUUUGUAUGAGAUAAGAUCAGAUAAUGGUAAAUUGUGUAUGUGUUAGAGAGCAGAGGUGGUCUGAGAAGAGAGAUAAGAGUUGUGGUGUCGCUAUAUUUAACAUAAUUCUUAACAUUUUAUUUUGACUUGUAUCAUUUUAUUACUUGUUGAAAACUGGGAUGUGCGCAAUUAAAAGGAGGAAUGCUAGAUGUGUUCAAUGUGUUCUCAAUGAUGGAAAAUAAUCUUAUGUUGUAUGAUUUUUUUUUUUUUUGGUUAAAAAAUGUUCAGGGUAGGAUAUUCUUGAUUUACCUUGACUUUUAAAUGAGCUGUUUUACUUUUAUUUUGACAUCAGUAGAUAUUUUCUCACACUUUUACAGCCUAGAUAGUCCUAUGUAUCUCAUACCUUCAUGUUUAAUUGUAUGUCCUGUGGUUGUUUGACUAUUGCACAGAAAUGUCCUUUUCUUGAACUGUAUACAUUGAAUCAAAUUGGACAAAACAUCACAUAAAACACAAAGUAAAAUAGCUGAAUUGUAAAAUUAUGCAUCUAGUUAAGUAUGAUGUCUGUAUGUGUGUUACAGAGCUGUGGUUCAGGGGGUCCAGAUGGCAGGCAUGAGGGGCCCGGCCUGCACUGGAGUCUGGCUCUAGAGUCCACAGGGGCUCCCACUUCAACUGGACACAUUCCACAGGUACACAUAAACACUCGGCACAGCUACACACAAAGCAAGACACAUCCAAGCUGAAGGACCAAAGAUGGUCCUGUGACGGUGAAAAUGGAAAAAACAUGUUUCCCAACCAGAGCACUUCCCUGUUUGAACAGAUCAGCAGAAAAGUAGCAAUUCUGAUAGACUGCGAAAGUUUCCCAUAAUGACUUUUACUUAAGCCGUGAACAUGAAGCACUUAUUCAUUUAAUAACCACUCAUGGGCCUAUUGGCCAUUUACAACAAUAAAGUUAGAUUUCUUAGAAAGGAAAGUUUCCACUAAUGCAGGGAACAUUCAAAGCAACAAGCCUAUCCUCCACAAGUGAAAUGUUGCUGCAUAAAUGUUCUGCAAAAUUUUAACAGGCACCCCAGCUCAGGGGAUAGAAUCAGCCAUGAAUUAUGCAACACAAAGAGUGGAAUGCAAAAUCAUGUCUACAGCAACACUGACUGCUGUCAGUGAACACAAGACACAACACAAAACCCAACACUGCAAAUGACUCUAUACUGAGAGCACUUAAGCGAUAAAAAACACAAAAGCACAGCAGGUUCUUACCUUGGGCCGCGGUCUAGAGAUAUCUCGAUUCCCGGUGAGUGGGUCACCAACAGAGUAGAUGCAAUCCGAAAGAAAACACAGCAAACUUUAUCUCCGCGUCUGUUUGAGUCGACGUGACUCCACGUGACAAAUCCCAAGAUGUUGCAUUGCAUUGUUUUCAAUACUUCCAAACGUUGUUGAAAAAUUCCCCAGAUGCAUCGCGAUGUGGGUGUUAGUAAACGAAGGAAAAACAGAGAACCACAGGUUAUAAUUUCCGCGCUUCACACCUGAACAGGCGUGAUUGGAUGUUUGUGGUCACAUGACAUCAUUAAUUAUAUGUGGCAAAAUUAUACUGCGCCUCAUUACCGACGUGAUAUAUGCCGGAAAACUUCUUUUUUAUUUUAUUUCUUGUGCAGAACCCACUGAGCAUUUUUUGGUCUAAAAGAGGUCUAAUAGACUAAAUGUAACCUAGACGACUGGUCUAAAAUCAGGCUACCACAGGUCUAAAAAUGAAAGUUUUUUAGACAUCUAAAUUUUGACCAAGUCUAAAUCUGGGCUAUAAACUACACUGUAUUUUGCUCAGUGACUAUCAUGAGUAUUUUGGUUAAGUACUUGGAGAUCAGUUAUGCAACUCACAGUUGCUUUUUGAAAUAAAUAGUUAUCGAAUAGUGGGCUAAAGUGCAAUGUCUAAAUUCAUCUAAAAAUUUAGAGAAGCUAAAUGCAUGAAAUUGGGUCUAAAAAAGCUAGAUGUCUAAUUGCCGUCUAUUGCUCAGUGAGAAGGGUCAAAGCUAAACAGCCAAUCUAUUCUAAGUAUAAAGAUUUAAAUUGAUGUUUAGCAUACAUUUAUUUUGAAGUGAAUUGUAUUUUUCUAUUCUUUUAGCAAUAGAAAAGCAGAUCUGUAUUUCACUACAAGUAACAGUUAUCACUGAGAAGUUUAAAGAUUCAGGAUUCAGGUUGUGGACAACAUUGAAAAUAGUUUUCUGUAAUGCAAACAGCUCAAGCAUUUGGCUGUUCUUGCUGCUACCUGUUGGUAGAGGAUGUUUCACCUUAAUAUGGUUUUGUAUAGGAGGCAUGUUUUUGUUGUAGCCCAUUUAAGCCAUCCACAACAUUUCAGAGAGGAGAUGGAUAAAUAUUUGGAGAAGUAUUUCUAAAUAUAUGAAUGCCAGGCCUUUGGUCACACAACAGAGCCAAGGUUAGCCCCCAACUCUGCAUCCAUCUAUCUGCCUUUUUGUCCAUGUCUUAGUUGACUGUCGCCCAUACCACUGGCUAAGUGCUUGACUGGUCAACUUUUCAUUUAGGUUGUGAAACCCUCAGUAUUUACCUAGCAUACAUGACAUAAUCUUGACUGCUUUUUUCUUGUGUUUCCUUUUGGCCUCAGGACGUGUGCCCAUGA